UACCCGGUACUCAUACCCUCAACAUGAAGCUUGUACUAGUCAUCUGCCUGGUCGCUCUGGCCACAGCCGCUCCUCAGAAGCAUCCAGAGAAAGACGCCCAAAUCGUCGUGGACGAGCGUAGUGACUCUGGAGACGGAAAUUUCCAAUACAGGUUCGAAACCAGCAACGGAAUCUCCGCCCAGAAGACUGGCACUCCAGGUUCUGAGGGCCAGAGCAACAUGAACGGCGCCUUCAGGUUCACUCUUCCCGACGGCACCAUCGCUGAGGUCCGCUACGUCGCUAACGAAUUAGGUUACCAGCCAGAGUCUGCACUGCUCCCCACGCCCCACCCACUCCCUGAGCACGUCCAUGAACUCCUCCGCAUCGCCGAGGAACAGCGCCGUCAGGGCAUCACCUUCGAAAAAUAAGAAGAUUGAUCUCCUCCUUCUCCUCGACUUGCAUUAUGGACCUUCCUGUAUAUAGUGAACUCGUGACAACAACAUUUGGGGUAUCCUCCAGCACACCAGACCCUGGACACAAUCUAUCCUUAUCACACAAUGUACAAUAAAUGUACCA